AUGGAUGAAACCCUUUUUCUGCUGUCGGGUGAGGAGAGAAAAGAGGCUGCUAGAUCUAGACGCCUUCAAACUACUCCAGCUGUAGUAUCACGUGGACUGCAGUUCACAUUUGCGGCACUGGUGCUUAUUUGCUCCUACAUCAUCCUAGUCUGCUCCUGCUUGUCGUUUUCCUUCUUCCCGCAAGUGUCUGCCCAUAGGAAAGGAUCAAGUGCAGACACGGAAGUUGGUGUGUACGCAGGCGGCAAUCAGCUGGCUGUAUGCAUUGCUUCAUUUAUCUCUGGAGCGUACAUGAACAAGAUCGGUGUAAAGUUUCUUCUCGUAUCCGGGAGUUUUCUUGUUGCGGGCUCUAGCGUAAUUUUUGGUUUUGUUGAUGAUAUAAGUUCAUGGAAACCAUUUAUUGGGCUCAGCACAGUCAUCUAUUUUGUGAUGGGAUUGGGACAAGGUGCAUUUCUUACAACCUGUACAACUGUGUUUGUGAGGAUGUUUCCUACACGCAUUGCAACAGCCUGGUCUGUGAUAUCGCUCACUCUUGGACUUGGUUUUCUUACUAGUUCACCACUUGGAGGAUUGUUGUAUGAUAGUGAGGGUUUCGCCUUUCCUUAUGUUGUUUUUGGAAGUAUAUUGUUCUUAUUAAUCCCAUUCUUUGUCAUUUUUCCUUCAGACACAUAUGUGGAAUCUGAAUUAAGUGAUGCUGUCAAUCAAACGCCCAUAUGGCUGCUGCUAAAAAUGAUGCCUGUACUGGUAGUCUGUGUGAACACUUUUGUUGCAUAUGCAUCUGUUCCACUUAUUCAGGUUUCUCUCUCUCAGUUUCUUUACAACACAUUUCACUGGAGAGCAAGUCAAAUUGGACUGGUGUUUCUCGUCUUUGGAAUAGCAUUUGUUGGAUCAUCAAUUGUUAUAGGUGUAGUGAUAGACGCCACUAAUCCACGAGCUGUAAUGAUUAUAGGACUACUGAUUGGAGGAUGUGGAAUGAUGUUGGUUGGUCCAUCGUUUGUAUUUUCAUUCUCACUUCAGUCUUGGCUUGUGUAUUUUUCAAUGGUACUAAUUGGACUGGGAACGUGUAUGGUUCUGCUCGCUGUACCUAUAGACAUGACUGCCACUGCUGUUUCAAGAGGACAUGAAGAGAAUAUCUCAUUGAUUGCGGCUGUAACAGGUUUAUGGAAUGCAGCAACAUAUUUCUCAGGAACGGUGGCUGGGCCUGUUGGUGGAGCUCUGACGGCUUCAUUUGGCUUUCGGUACUCUACAUCUUUCUUUGCAUUUGCCAUUUUUUGUGCAUUUAUUAUGACCAUUGUGAGCACUGUAGUCAAACUCUACCACUCUUGAUUUGAUGUCCUUUCUGAUGAAAAUAUUGUUGGACUCUAUGCCUUGACUAGAAUAUAUAGGGUUAUAAUGGUGCAAGACUUGGUGAGUAGUUACUCAAAACGUAGAGGGGUGAACUGACUUCUGGUAUGUGGGUUGUG